UAUCACCCUUGACCGUGACUGCCGGUCCCUGAGGAGAGCAGGCGGGUGUCCACCGGCUUGAAGAUGGCAGAUGGCGGGGACGUGGCCUCUGGGGCUACCCAGCCCACCUGCAUCAAGGUGCACAUCCACCAGGAGUCGGCUCUGGCCAAGUUGCCGCUGAGUAGGUGUCCCCUGCUGCAGCCCCACGUGCCCUCGCCGCACGCCGCCUCCCGGGCCCUGGGCCACCGCCAGCUGCUGGUGGCCUCCUGGGUGGUGCAGACCGUGCUGGGAGUGUUGAGUGGGGUCCUGGGGGGAUUCCUCUUCAUCUUCUACUACACCAUGCUGCUUGGAUCGGGAACUCCCAUCUGGACAGGGGCUGUGGCUGUGCUGGCUGCAGCUGUCGCCUUCAUUUAUGAGAAACGAGGCGGUACCUACUGGGCCCUGCUGAGGACCCUGCUCACCCUGGCAGCUUUCUCCACGGCCACAGCCGCCAUCAUCAUUGGGGCUAGAAGUUUCCAUGAGUACCACCAUUUUCUCUUUAAUGGUAUCUGUGAUGUCUCCCCUUCCUGGAGGCCCACCGGGGCCCCCAGCUCUCCGAGUGCAGACGAGGGAAGGCUGCAGCUGUGCACCUCCUAUGUGAACAUGCUGAAGGCCCUGUUCAUAAGCAUCAAUGCCAUGCUGUUGGGGGUCUGGGCUCUGCUGCUUCUAGCAUCUCUGGUCCCCCUGUGUCUGUGCUGCUGGAGAAAAUAACAAUCUAAGGAGAAAAGAGACCCUCCCUUGGAAGAAACUGCUGGGAGUGAGUGAAAUUAGCCCUGCUUCUCCAGAGGACUCGUGUCUGGAGCUCCAACUGGACUGGGUGUCCCAGCAUCUGCCUCGUGGAAGAAGAACCAGGCCGGGAAGAGAGGCUCUCCUCUGGCCCCAGUUAUCCUUCCCCCAUGGCCACAGCUACUGCCCUGCACCACCAACCAUCAGAGCUUCUCUGGUCCAUUUCCUGCUCACCUUCACCA